AUGACUUAUUAUGAUCUUUCAGUACCAUAUACAGAUUAUUCUAGAGAUGUUGUUUUAUAUUUAAAUAAAUUGGGAUAUGAUGCGGUUGCAUUGGUGCAUACUGUAGAAGGAAAAUUAACACCUAAAGAUGUUUGUAAAAUAAAGAAAGUAGAUGUUGGGAAUAGAGGUACUACAUCUGGUUGGAUGAGAAUAGGAACAUGCUCACGUGAGAUCAAACAAUACAGUAGAUUACAAGUGAAUUGUAGAACGAUGAAUGAUUUCAAGUUGGUCAAUCAGAACAAUCCCGUUGUGAAAUCAUACGAUCUCGUUGGCAUCGUUGCACACGACCAAUCGAUAUUCAACAGCGCCUGCACAUCGAAUGACAUCGACAUCAUCACAUUCAAUCAGUUCUGUCGGUAUCACAUCAAGCCGGAGCGUGUUCGUCAGGCAAUUGCCAACGGUAUAUUCAUCGAGUUGACGUACCAGCCACUCUUCUCCAAGGAGGAAGAUCGCGAUGUCUUCUUCACCAACGCCAACAAUCUGAUUCGCUCGAGCUACGGAAAGAACAUCAUUAUCAGCUCGAACAGCAGUGAACUCAACAAGUGUAGAUCACCCUACGACAUUUCGAAUCUCGGUCAUCUGUUUGGCAUGACAUUCGAUCAGGCAAAGGCUGCCGUCAGUACACACCCGCACUCGGCAGUGUUGCACGGUGCCUCACGUAAAUCACAACUCGGUCUGAUGGCGCUGAGCGCCAACAACAUCAACACGCCAUCCACCAUCAAAUCACUUCAGGAGGAAGCAGAACACUGGGAACAACAACAACAGGCAUCCGGUAACACCACCCCACAUCCAAAACAUACAAAUCAAUAUAACAAUUCAACAGAUUCAACAACAACAACAUCAACAACUUCAUCAACUUCAUCAGCAAAGAUGGAUAAUGAUAAUAUCCAUCAUAUGAUAUCACAAUCGUACAUUCGUACAAAAGACACUUUUAUUUUUGAAUACAUCACACCACUCUACUACUUGUCACUCGAUGUCAUUUCUUUUACUUUCCAUCACAAAUCCAACCCAAUUCCAAAUCAACUCAAUUCAGAUUACCAUAUCAAUUGUGAUGAUAUUUAA